AGGGGUGCGGCUGCAGCAGUAGCAGUAGCAGCAGCAGAAGGAGCCUCCUGAGGCGGGACUUCCGGGGUGCCUCCAGCCUCUCCUUUCCCUGUCCACCCCCUGCUCGGACGUGACGACAGAGUGUCAACAUGCAAGAUGGCGGCUCAUCACCGACAGAACACGGCGGGGCGGCGGAAAGUGCAGGUCUCCUAUGUAAUUAGAGAUGAGGUGGAGAAAUACAAUCGAAAUGGGGUAAAUGCACUGCAGCUGGACCCAGCGCUAAACAGACUUUUUACAGCAGGCCGAGACUCCAUCAUCAGGAUAUGGAGCGUCAACCAGCACAAGCAAGACCCUUAUAUAGCAUCUAUGGAACAUCAUACGGACUGGGUGAAUGAUAUUGUACUCUGCUGCAAUGGCAAAACAUUGAUAUCUGCUUCAUCCGAUACUACUGUUAAAGUAUGGAAUGCACAUAAGGGAUUUUGCAUGUCAACACUAAGGACCCACAAGGAUUAUGUGAAAGCCUUGGCGUAUGCAAAAGAUAAAGAAUUGGUGGCAUCUGCUGGGCUGGACAGACAGAUAUUCCUCUGGGAUGUAAAUACGCUAACAGCACUGACUGCCUCAAAUAACACUGUCACGACUUCUUCCCUCAGUGGGAACAAAGAUUCUAUCUACAGUCUUGCCAUGAAUCAGAUGGGAACAGUAAUUGUAUCAGGGUCCACUGAAAAGGUAUUAAGGGUUUGGGAUCCAAGAACCUGUGCAAAGCUUAUGAAACUCAAGGGGCACACAGACAAUGUUAAAGCUUUGCUAUUGAACAGAGAUGGCACACAGUGUCUUUCUGGCAGCUCUGAUGGGACUAUCAGACUCUGGUCCCUUGGUCAGCAGAGAUGUAUAGCUACAUACAGAGUCCAUGAUGAGGGUGUAUGGGCACUUCAAGUCAAUGAAGCCUUCACUCACGUAUAUUCAGGUGGAAGAGACAGAAAGAUAUACUGUACAGAUCUACGAAAUCCUGAUAUUCGAGUGCUCAUUUGUGAAGAAAAGGCACCUGUCCUUAAGAUGGAGUUAGAUCGAUCAGCUGACCCUCCUCCAGCACUCUGGGUUGCAACAACAAAAUCAUCUGUGAAUAAGUGGACUCUGAAAGGAAUUCACAACUUUAGAGCUUCAGGGGACUAUGACAACGACUGUACCAACCCAAUCACACCCCUUUGUACACAGCCUGACCAAGUUAUUAAAGGGGGUGCUAGUAUUAUUCAGUGCCACAUUCUCAAUGACAAAAGACACAUAUUAACCAAAGACACAAACAACAAUGUGGCGUACUGGGACGUGUUGAAGGCAUGUAAAGUAGAAGACCUUGGGAAAGUGGACUUUGAAGAAGAAAUUAAGAAAAGGUUUAAAAUGGUUUACGUGCCAAAUUGGUUUUCAGUAGACUUAAAAACUGGGAUGUUGACAAUUACUUUAGAUGAGAGUGACUGCUUUGCAGCUUGGGUCUCAGCAAAAGAUGCUGGGUUUAGCAGUCCAGAUGGCUCUGAUCCAAAAUUGAACCUGGGAGGGCUCUUACUGCAAGCUCUCUUAGAGUAUUGGCCUAGAACCCACAUCAAUCCUAUGGAUGAAGAUGAAAAUGAGAUGAACCAUGUGAACGGCGAGCAGGAGAACAGAGUACAGAAAGGAAACGGAUACUUCCAAGUGCCACCACACACGCCAGUUAUUUUUGGCGAAGCUGGAGGACGCACUUUGUUUAGGUUGCUAUGUCGGGAUUCCGGGGGUGAGACUGAAUCCAUGCUCCUUAACGAAACAGUGCCACAAUGGGUAAUUGACAUCACUGUGGAUAAGAAUAUGCCAAAAUUUAAUAAGAUUCCUUUCUACCUCCAACCUCAUUCCUCUUCUGGAGCAAAAACGUUAAAGAAGGAUCGACUGUCAGCCAGUGACAUGUUGCAAGUUAGGAAGGUGAUGGAGCAUGUUUAUGAAAAAAUAAUAAAUCUGGACAAUGAAUCUCAGACAACUAGCUCUUCCAAUAAUGAAAAGGCCGGGGAACAAGAAAAAGAGGAGGAUAUUGCUGUUUUAGCAGAAGAGAAAAUUGAACUUCUGUGCCAGGACCAGGUAUUGGAUCCAAAUAUGGACCUUCGAACCGUCAAACACUUCAUAUGGAAGAGUGGUGGCGACUUGACUCUCCACUACCGCCAGAAGUCGACGUGAGCCAAGUGGCGGGCCCAACCAGUUUAUUAACUUACUUGAGCUUCCUGUCCUGGUUCCAGCUGUAGCGCUCUAGAAGCCAACGGAAACCCUAAGGUAGAUCUGACACUUCUAAUGCCUCAGUGUGGACAGAAUCUACAUGAAUUGAAGUGACUAAUAAAUCUGUAAUAUAGACAAAUCUCUAUGACCUAAAACUAAAGCCUGUCCUUACCAAGGUACAAGUGGGAGUGGCAUGGGAAGCCCUUGAGUGGUUCCUGUUUUGUGAGGUGUACAGCAACCAGGUGAUCCAGUGCAGCUGUCUGUGGGGGUUCUUAUUUCGGUUUUCAUUUCCAAGGUUUAUCAUACCGUCAUCCGCUCAAGCUUGUUGUGAAAAAGGUUUCUCAGCCGUUGCUAAACUCGUUCACCGUGUAAAAAACUGCAUGUGCUGUACUUUGUUAAUACAUUCCAUGUAUACAGUGCAUACUUUUUCAUGAAGGGUCAGUUUUGGACACUUCUCGAGACAGAUUUCCUAGAGAAAAAAACUCUAUUGUACAGUUGAGUAGAACAGUCUCUGUAACGUAAGCCAAAAGGGUUAACUCCCUUGAGGCUUGUUGAUUGUCUUUCAGCUGUGAUCGGAGCAAAAAUCAGUAGGUUGUGCGAUUAUAGGGUCAGUACAAUGGUGCAGUGCAUCAUAAUGGAAUAUUUCAAGCCCUUUAACUAGAGUUUUAAAUAUGUAACUUCUGGAGUUCCGUUUUCCCCCCUAAGGUGGCUCAUUGAUCACAAUUCCAAGUAAUUGUGCUCUACAUUUUAACAUCGUGGCAUAUUCUAGAAACUUGUAGUAAUCGUCGUGAUGGGGAAAAAAGGAGUUGCAGAUUUUCCUCCUAUGGUUUUUAUAUGCAUUUUUUGGAUGUUUUUGUUGAUGUUGCAAGCUGUAUACAGCUUAGCUUUUCUUUUCAACCAUUUCUAAAAAAAAUAAAUACAUUUUACAGCUUUUUCAUAUUCUCAUACUCUUGUAGAAUCUAACUUAUUGUAAGCGGGAGCAGGGGAACACUUCGAUCUUCUGGGCAAGAAAAGCUGAGUUUGAAUUCAAAGUUCAACUGGAAAACAAACAUCCCAAUAACAAAAUAUUGUAAAGUGGUUUUUAUUUGAAACAGAAGCACAAGUGCCUUUUUAAAAGAGGCAGUAUAGUAAAGUUUAGGUCCCUGCCUGCUAGCAGAUGAGCACUCCUCUUUUCCUUAAUGGUGGCAGCUAGAUGUAAGCUAUAGCCUGCAAAACAUCUUGGUUUUGCUUCACUGUUGAAAGACAACUGGAAGCCCUAAUGCCAGCAUUGUUUUUGCAGCAUGGGAGCUGCUUAAAAUUGAGCAACACGCAGGCCGGUGGCAUGCUGUGAAUAUUUCCCAUGCUAUUUGGUAGUUAUCCACAAAUGAAUUUUGCACCAACCAAGAGGAAAAUAUCCAGAGCCUGAUACUUACGAGUCAUUUGACUGCCUUUUAUGGGUGUUUCGAGGAUUAUGUGUGUCCUUUCCCCCACCCUCCCACGCCAACUGUGGUAGAAAGACAAAGUGCAACGUUACAGCACCUUUUGGACAUUUUUCUCUUCGUUUUUUUCUUGGGGUGGUAAGUACCCCAUGGAGCACUUGCUUUUAUACACAUCAGAUUGUCAAAGCAAC